UUUUUAAUUUACUAAUUAUGCCAUUGGUUCUAGAGCACCUGUUUUAGUAUCUACAUGUCACAUGUUAUCUUCCCAGUGCAUUCUUAAGUCUCUCGUGCUAUAUUAGUAAGUUAUACAUGUUCUUUGGCAUUGAAUUUUCAUUGUAUAAAAUGGCUGUAUCACAAAUUGUUAAUCAUGAAUUUUAAGAGUAAAUGGUGGGAUAAAUUGUUGAUUUGAGGUUUUCCUUUGUCUACCUACUUGUUAUUACAGGUGAAGGCAUGGGCAAAACUUUUAAAUACCUUUUGCACCAGUGGGAAACUUGAGCUGGAACUCAUAUAUAAAGUCCAGAUGCAAUGCUAUGAGGAUGUCAAACUGAUGAAGCUGCUCCCUGAGAUCAUAAGAUCUCUCUAUGAUCAGGAUGUACUUGCAGAAGACACCAUUCUUCACUGGUUACGCAAAGGAACAAACCCUAAGGGCAGACAAACAUUUGUGAAGGCCUUGGAACCCUUCGUGAACUGGCUGGAAGAAGCAGAAGAGGAGGAAUAAGUUGGACCUUGUUCCCCUGGUUUUAUUAGCCUGUAUCCAUUCUUGAGAUGUAACUUGACAUAAGAUCUCAAGAUCCUUUGAUAUUUAGUGUGAUGUGAACGAACCUUAUGGUGGAUUCCCCUGCAAUAAUCAGUUUCUCUAUAU